AAUAGGUGCGGCCAUGUUGAUCUGUAGUGAAUAAAAUUGAGUUAAUUUUGCUUUUAGGGGAAAAAAACUGACACAAUAUGCCCAAAUGCGACCUCAAAACGAGAUACAUCCCUGCGACGUUCGCCUGGGCGCUACUGUUGGGCACGACGUCCCUAUUUUUUUAUUUCCCCUGCCAGUACUACCUCCAAAGGCAUCCAUGGGUUCCUGCAUACCAAGGUGUUAUAACUUUUUUUGUUUUGGCCAAUUUUACACUGGCCACUUUCAUGGACCCGGGGGUUAUACCAAAAGCUCCACCUGACGAGGAUCGCGAGGAUGACUUCAGAGCGCCACUGUACCGCAGCGUGGAGAUAAACGGCAUCACAGUCCGGAUGAAGUGGUGCGUCACAUGCAAGUUCUAUCGGCCGCCACGCUGCUCUCACUGCUCCGUCUGCAACCAUUGUAUAGAGACGUUCGACCACCACUGUCCGUGGGUGAACAACUGCAUAGGGCGGCGCAACUACAGAUUCUUCUUCUUCUUCCUCAUCUCACUGUCCAUACACAUGCUGAGCAUAUUCGGGCUCAGUCUUUACUUCAUCAUGAACAAUAACAACACAUUGACGCAAGUCGAGCCUAUUGUCUCUAUGGUGAUAAUGGGCAUAAUAGUCCUGUUAGCGAUCCCCAUAUUCGGUUUGACCGGGUUCCACAUGGUGCUGGUGUCGCGGGGCCGCACCACCAACGAACAGGUGACCGGCAAGUUCACCGGGGGGUACAACCCCUUCUCUAAAGGCUGCUGGUACAACUGCUGCUAUACACAGUUCGGGCCGCAGUAUCCUAGCCUAGUCCGGCCUUCGAAGUACAUCUACAAGGGUGGCAAGAAGAGACGGGAGGCGAUGCCUCCUCACUCGGCGUCUGCAAUAUCCACCAUCGCGACCGACACGCAGCACCAGGUAAAGACGUACACUGCGGACAACGGAUCGGCGCAUCGGCCCGUCGGCCCGCACGCGCACUACAACAAGCUCUCCCCGGGUCGCGAGGACCAUGAGGGCGAGAUGGAGGGCCCCGGCGCGUCGCAGAGCGCCGACUGUGAGCCCACGCCGCCGCCCCUGCAGCGACGGGGCUCCGCAGCGAACCUGUUCCCGCCUGCUGAGCCGCACCAUCACCUCCCACCGAGGCCCAUGCACUAUCCACGGCUGAGUCCGCUUAGCCGGAAUACCAGCCACGGCGGCACGACUACAUCAGGCUACCGAGUGGUGAUGGAGCCACUGCGAUACGACACGGGCGCCAACGGCGGCGCGCGGCCCUCGCCGACCAUGCAGCAGCGAAUCAAAGCGCUGGGGGUGGCUACACCGCUUGCUGUCUCAAGCCCUGUGCGGAGGUCCAACCCGGGCACGCCCACGCAGCCGCGCCGCCCCGACUUCAUCGGCGUGGGCGGGGCGGCGGCGGGCGGCCGCGCCUCGCCGCAGCGGCGCUUCCUGUCCGAGGGCGAGCUGCUGGCGCGCGACGAGCCGCGCCGCGACGACAUCCGCGAGCUGGCCGCGUCGCCGCAGCGCGGCAACUACCUGUGGGCCGAGCGCGCGCCCCGCGGCGGCGUGGCCGUGCUGCCCCGCGCCCCGCCGCCCGCCUCCCCGCUGGCGCGGCGCCGCGCCGCCCCGCCCGCGCGGCCGCUGUCCUUCGUGCGCGCGCUGGAGGUGCAGGACCAGCUGGACGCGCGCGCGCAGCCGCCCGACCCGCCCGACCGCGCCUCCGUCUACGACUGCAACUACGAGAUCUCCGUGUGAGACCCGCCUAGCUUCACUCCCGUAGCCGAGCGUUCCCCAAUGUGUUCCCCGAACGGCGCGGCCGCGCUUCGGCUCCCUAUCCUUCCGAUGGGUUAGCUUCGACGAAUCCGGACGAACCUUCGAAUCGUUUCCCGGUAUGUGAUAGUUUCCCCUCGCCGAGCGUGCUCGCCGUGCUGGGCGGCUACACUCGCAAUUCCAAAGAAACUUGUUGAUAAAAUGUUGUUUUAAUGUUACGAACGCACAACGAUCACCGAAUUGGCCGCGGAGGUAGCACCACGUGUGACUCUCGUUUUGUAAUUAACGGGUCCGAGUUAGGGAGUACGCUGCAUUUUGUAUCCUCAUGCCAUACAGUAUAGUUGGUAAAGGAGUGAUUGUGUAAUAUAUAAGGUAAGACUCGGGUUAUUACUCGUAAGGUGUAAUUAGCGUUUUAUAUGUAUGUAUAUUUGUGAGUAAUUUGUAUCGUUGAAUUGUAUUUAAAACUGUGAAUUUGUUGAAAGAGUGUACAUAGUCCCCAGUGUUGUGAUUCCGAGAUGACAUAAUAAUAUAGUACUGUAUCAACACACGCGUGUUUCAAUUAUUGUAUAAAAUAUUUAUAUAUUUUAAAAAGUUUCCUUGAAGCUGUUGUAUGUUUUCCUUAGGGUUAGAGUGAAGUUUCAGGGAGGUAACGGAAUUGACUGAUUUAUUUAUCUUUCCUCGUUUUACUUUAUUGACACGUCUGCGAGCGCAGCAAGGUUUUGAGGUCGCGACAGAGGACCAUUUUAUUCCUAUUUUAGCUGUUAGGAUAAAAAAAUAUCCUAUAUACUCGUGAUAAAAUCCAUUAACCAAAUUUUGACAAUUUAAUAGAGAAUGUUCUUUUGUAUCCAACUGAAAUAAGAAAAAUGGUCUCUGUAAAUUGUGCCAAAUAUUCCGUAGACCGAUGUAGCUAAGCAUGCGUCGUUUGUCUUGGUUCCUAUUGUAUCCUCCUUGUGUUCCAAAUUGUUAUCUCUUGAUUGCGAAUGUAAAUCGAAAGAAGUAUAUCUUUUAUUAGUUUUUGAUUUUGAUUGCAAAUAUUAGUGGUAUGGCAAUGUAGCAAAGGGCAAAGGGACGGUCAAUUUCAAUAUUAGUUUUAUAGCUCACUGAAGUUUGGCCGCAAUCUUUCCAAAAUACUGAACUAUCUAGAUGAUAUUUUGUCUGUAAAGUACAGAGGAGUUAAAAAGGCCACAUUAAAGCAAAUCAUCUGAAAAGCAAUAUUGGAAUUUGACAUUUGCGCAUAUAAAAGUAAGUGCGCAAUGCCAACAAAUAUCAGAAAGCAAUAUCGCUUUUAGAUGAAUCGCUUGGAUGUGGCCUUAUAAACACUCAUGGGUCCCUUGCUACCUAGCUUUACCACUUAGAAAGCAGAUUUAAAAUUUUCGUUGGUUUUUAUUUAAUGGGCUGUGAACUAUUUAGAUUGGAAUCUCUAAAGCUUUGCAUCCAUUAAGCAACUAUUGAGACGCUCGACAGGUUUGGCAACGUCGCACGACAGCGCGGAGUUAUUGCGCAACGUUGCCGAUAAGUGAACUUGUAUGGACAGAGAUGUUGGCCAAUAUGUAGAACUAUAUACCAGGAAUGGUAUGGAGUUCCGGUACCGGAACUUUUAGAUAUCCGAAAUAAAAAAGUAUCCUUAUGGAUGCCGUAACCGAUAUAAAAGUUUCGUAUACUUUUGAAUAGCGACGGAGUCUGAAUGGGACAUGGUACGGCACGUUUUUGUGUCUGCACAAAUUUGGAAAAAGCUCCACUGACAAGAGCCUAGCUCUUAAAUUUUGAAUGAACUCACAAAUAACGUCAAAUUAUCUACCUUUUUGUAUUUAACUUUUACAAUUCCUUAACUUUUCGAACGCCGGAACGCAGAUCUCAAUCAGACACAAUGUAAAGCCUUUGUGUCAUCACUUCAAUCAGCCUCAUUGUGUCUCAGAUGAGAGGGUAAAGAACUAAUAUCCGUAUCCGAAACUAUCUAAUAAUCCGAAAUUAUUUCUAAUCCGUAACCAUAUAUUAUAUAUAUGGUUUCGGUUACGGAUUACUAUAUUGCGUCUCAAUGUUGCCUAGUGGAUACAGGACUAAACUAGAGGCACUCUAUGAUGGCCGUUUUGACAUUUCUCCCGCUCGUCAAUUUUCGCAUUAAUAACUACGUUGUUUAGGAGCGAAUUGCUGUGAGUUGCUACUUUAUUAUGUCAAAACGGGCAUCAUAGCAUGCCAUAGUUUAACGUUGACAACGAUGCAUUCUUCCUUGGAAUGGAGCGAGUCCGAACGUACGAUAGCGUCAUACGAUCUCAGCUACCGAAUUUGUACAAUUACGUCCCCAAAAAUUACUGUACUUAGUGUUUUUGUAAUUUGUAAACAUUGUGGUGUUUUUAAAACUUAUUUUUCUUUUAUUGUGGAUAUGACGGGAAAUAUACGAGCCUUUAAGAUGUAAUGUAAUAGAGUAUGCGCCAACUCCCGCGGAUUUCAAUGGAACUAAAUGAGAAGUCAUACCAAUUUAUGCAGAUAUUGCGACCCCAGGGCCGCGGCUGUGGGACUUUGGCGCAGAUUCUACAAGUGUUACUAUAGUAACAUAUUAUUCAUCAAUGCUACAAUCGGUGAACGGAGAUAAACGUGAAAACUUACUUGUCGCUCGAAAAUUACGCAACGAAAAUCGUACUGCAGAUGGCAGAGCAGUAUAAUACCGUCAGUAUAAUAUUAAUAUGCCACUAUAGCCUUUUUGCUUUGGUAUAAAGGUACAAAUCCGCUCGCGCCUUUUUGUCACUUACCGGUUUGUCAACUGUUUUGUAAAUCAAAACGGCGUAAGUGGCUAAGCACAGACAAAUAUCGUCAUAAAAUCAAUAUAACAGUAAUGUGUUUAAAAAUUUUACUUUUUUAAAUUGUUUUAUUGCUACUGUCAGUGUGUUUUGUUUUGAGUAAAUUUUGGCGUCAAUAAUCAACUGCAACGAGUAUAACAUACUGCGUCCAUGUUUAUAACCGUUCACCGGCUACAAUGAGGAAAAAAACUACCUAUUUCUCUCAACAGGUGUCGCUACUGUUGAGUGGAAAUUUUGACAGUUCCCCAUACUAUUUGAGUAAACAUAUUCUUUGGUUAUAUUUUUACACUUAAACCCUUGCUGCAGUGUUUAACUGCAAAAUCAUAGUGUUAUAUUUAUUCCCUAAAGAUCGGGAAGAAGAAAACUUAUUUUCAAUCAGAUCUGUCUUUUUCCAACACAUGGCCGGUUUUCUUUUAGUAACUCAUCCUUCAGACAUCAGCAAUUUAUCGCGAAUUUUAGCUGGACAAUGUGGAGAACUGUCAGAUUUAGGACCGCUCAACAGUGCUGCUACAUUUGAGCUUCUAGUUUUUAACCUCAUUAAUCAACUGACUGACAGUGACAGAUUAUAAGAACCGACGUAAUUGUGAAAUUUAUGAAGAAAUGAUCGCCAUAUUUGACAAUAGUUAACGCACUGCAAAGUGUUAGUUUGUAUCUAAGUAUUUGAUUAUUUUAAACAUAAAUUACCUACAAGGUACAGGACGAUCGACGUAUCCGAUCGAUUAUGUAGUUUUAAAAACAGAUCAUGUAAUAAGGGGUUAUUAUACCUGUCCGACAGGGUAGAUGCGUCAAGGUCACAGGUGGUUACCAUGGUUACUCAUCACCAACUCCCGUUCAGAUCGUGAAGUCGUAAAUCGGCGGGUCGUAACCAUGGUGCGGCACGCUGGGUGGUGAGGAUAUGGUAUCCCGACGUGCCGGCAGAGUAGGGGAAUGAUCGGUGAUGACGGUGAUAAAUUAGAAGCAAGCAGGAAUAUAUACAGUUUAUUAAAAACACUUCACAAACAGGAUAGGAAUAUACAUAGUUCACAAUAUACACACUUCACAAAAGAAUCAAGACUUAGGAAUUAGAGGGCACGGCCCUAAACAGUAUAAUACACUUGUUGUUUUUAUGAAGGUCGGGGAUGCAGUGAGUCAAAAAAGAGUAAAAUGAAAGGAAAUGCGAAUGGAAUGGAAUGAGAAUUUCGUAAUUUAAAAUGAUGAUGGUCCGAACAAAAGGCCAGUAUGUGCAGAGUUUGUACUCUGCUACAAUGGUAACUGCGAUCUCGAACGCGUUGGUGGGGAGUAACCAUGGUAACCCGUAACCCUGACGCAUCUAGCCAGCCGGAUAGGUAUGUGUAAUAAGCCAUAUACAGAAAUAUAGCACUUGUGUCCACCAAACAUAGUUUAUCUACACAAUUGACACAUAAGGUGGUAUUAUCAAACUGAUCUCAGCUGAGACUACCCUCAACACGAUGCUCAAGUUCCUGUUUUUAUAUAAGGGUAGUAUUAAUAAACUAAUCUCAGCUUCGAGACUGCCCUCAAGAUCAUGUCAAUGUGACAGUUCUAAUAUAAAAACAGAGACUUGAGCAUGAUCUUGAGGGCAGCCUCGAAGCUGACAUUAGUUUAUUAAUACCACCCUAAGAAUCGUCACAUUGACAUAAUCUUGAGGGCGUUCUCGAAGCUGAGAUCACUUUAUUAAUACCACCCGAAGUUGCCGAGAUUAUUUGUAAAUAAAGAAAAUAUAUAUUAACAUAAUAUAAGCUCACGACUAUAUUCCCAAUUGGGCUAGUCAGAGAUAAUAUAUAUUAUAUUAUUUAAUAUUUAAAUAAAAUAGUGAAUUUAUCGAAAAAUUAAGGCUAUGUUCAAUAUCGAAUCUUUAUCGCCGUUAAUAUUUUUACCCAGUAAAAGUUGAUUUUGAAUAGGUUCCAUAGUUAUGGAUUUGACAUUGAAUAUAGUAUUAGUUUUUCACGUAUUGAUAAAAAUAUAAAAUAUAUCGACUCAUUUCUAGCUCUUAGCAAACUAACAGAGUAUUUAAAUAUGUGCGAUAUAUUUUGUAUAGUGCAAGGUUUGACGACAUUUUCUUUGUAAUUUGGAGGGGGUCAAAUUGGAGAGGCUUUAAGAUGUGGUGACCAAUGGUAGGGUCUGAAAUAUGGGUGUAAUUUAAUUAACUUUUGAUCUAACCUAUUGUAGAUUUGCCUCGUAUGGCGUUAAAUACUUAGCCGGACAAAUGGGGAAAUGGUAUAUAAGGGCGGUAGACAAUUUAAGACAACAGGCUUUUUUUUUAACGUCAUAUAUGUAUGUAGUAUGCCCGUGUUAUGAAUGUCUGAUGGUGCUGAGGUAAGGGCAAACUGUGCUUACCUUCAUAGAUAGAAGGAAAAGACCAGAAGCUUAAGCCGAUAGCGGAAUUAAAAGCCGUUUAUCGAGAUUAGUUCACCGGUCGAAACUAGGGGUUGGGGUCGAAACUAUGGGUUGGGGCUGAAACUAUGGGUUUUGUUUUGGGGUUGUAAAUAUGGGUAAUGAGACCCCCUAUUUUCAAGGGAAUAUUGUCAAACCUUGCAAACACGUAUCUAUUAAGGUUAAUUUUGUAAAUAUUCCGCAAUGUGUAAUAAGGACAAUUUUGUAUAGAAAACGUAAUAUUUGUUGUGAAUGUUACUAUGUGUAUAUCAAUAUUUUUGUUCAGAUAUUUAUUUUGGUGCCAGUAACUUUAUAUUUCCACGUUUGCUUCUUGACAUAUCAGAUUGUUGCGUUGUACAGGCUGAGUUUGAUAUUAUUUGUAAAAUAGACGAACUAUAUACAAGAGGGCUGUUAAGCCGUAGUAGAGAACGUAACCCGGUAUUUAGUUAUUUUUAUAUAUAUACUAGAUGUCUCUCAUCAUCAUCACAAAUUUAAGAGCCACGCUCUUGUCGGUGUAGCAGUCUCCAUGCUACUUUUUAGGGAAAAAUAGGGCAGUGGUUUCCCUCUUGCCUUCCGCCCAGAGAUGUCUCUAGUUGUGUUAAAACGAGAUGACAAAUGAAAAUGACAGGUGAUUAACAGUUAGACAUAACCCGCCCGACUCUAGAGAGUAGAGACGUCUGUUCAUGUUACAUAGACAGGGACUAGGGAUUGACGAUCCGAUUGUGUUACAUUGGAAGUUGUAUAUAUGCGUCGCGCUGUGCAAACUUCGGUAGCGCGUUUUAGGCCGUCUGUCAACGCCAUCUGUUGCGUGUGGGCGGAACUAGGUAGUCGACAAAUUUGGUCCGCCACACCCAAUAAUUUUACAAAAAAAUGUAAGAUGGUUUUGCAAAGUAUCACAAUGCUCAUAGUUGACAACGCCAUCUAAAAAAAGAUCUUCAAAGAAGACAACAAUUAUGUUGUCUUCUGUGUUGUCCUAUAUCGCGAUUCUAGCGGAUAAAAGAACGCAACCUCUCUCUUUGGAAGAAAUGCGACAACUACCUCUAAUACGGUACGUUUCUUUCUUUCCAAGUUACACGUUGUAGUAUGGCGAUUGAUACUCUUUUACAGGUCGCCCAUGUUUUCUAAUAAGGGUUUUAUAGUGCAAG